GAACUGUUGUUAAGCAUCUAGAUAUUUGCAUAGCAGCUUUCCAAAAUGGGAAAAUUCUCACCCGACAGCAAUCUGCUUUAAAUGCACUGUGAUCAAUGAAGAGGGGACCUUCAGUUUUGUGGCAAAGCAUCUUCACUCCAUGAUGAUAAUUCUCAUCGCAUUUAUCGUGUUCUCAUCUGGUGUGAUUUGGUGAGCAUGCAGGAUACCAUGGGGCGUAAUGCAGCAUUCCUGCUCUUCUGGGGAAUUCUGAAUUCUUACUUCCCUCCGGACUGCUGCCAAACUGACUCUACCUAUAAUCCUAGUUCUUCUCCAAAUCUUUACAUGACUGUUUCUCAAAGCACUGCAACUCCAACAAUGGAGCCCCCAAACAACACAUAUGGAAUCAGUUCAACAGGAAGCGCUAAAACAGCUAGCCUGGACACAUCUGAGACAUCUGAGACAUCUACACACACUUUGAGUCAUAUGGAUGAUCCCAUUACAACCACUGGUUUCAAUUCCCAGGAUGAUACAGACCAAACCUCAGACAGCAAUAUAUCCAGUUCUUGGACCACUGGAACAUUAACUGAUACCCAAAAUCCUGAGCCAACAACUGAAACCUCAACCAGCAGAAGUGUCAUAGAGCAGACGACAUUUUCUGAAUCGACAACGACUGCCUGUACCACAACUCCAGACUCGAGUUCGGCUAUCCUAACAAAAACCUCAGAACCAAAUCGCUCCAUAACGCAAAGUACAACCGAGUCUUACCCCACCAUUCACCGUUCACAAACACCUGUAACUGUUUUUAGAGCGUCAACAUCUAUAACGACACCAACGCUGGGAACAGUUUCAAGACAAGCAGUGACACCUGAUUCAAAGUCCACAUCUAUGAACUCUCCCUCAAUGUUUCCAAUCACUCAGGAAAACCAACAAACUACAACCAACACCUCCUUAAACCAGUUUUCUCCACCAUCUCCUCUCACAGCCAUAAGAAAUGACUCUCAGCCCGUCACCACUCCAUUAGCUUAUGAACACGGUGGCUCAACUUGGGGGAUAUCAGCUCAAACAGCGCUAAACAGGUCUGACUCAGAAGGCAUCACAGACACCUGGUCAAACAACAUAACCUCAAUAGCAGCAGGUCUAAAAAACCCACCAUUAUCAAACAACACCAGUAGAGAGGGAAAUGCAGAUAAUUCUGUGAAGUCAGUGAAAAGCACCAUUGUAUUUGUCUUCAGCACUCCAAAAGCACCUGUGUUUAAAACAAUCACCUUUAAUCACCCAUUGGUUAAUCAAGUCACAGUCAUAAACACAGUUUCAGGACCAUGAAGCAUUUAUAUAAAAUUACUUAAAAGCGAAGUGUGCAAAGCGUUCAGACAGCUUUUUUUUUUUUUUUU